AAGCAUUUAGUUUUCUGUUUCGAACCACUGCUCAGUGUUUUUGGCUUUUGAAACGGAAAUGGGAGCAGAGCAGAGAGAAACCCAGGCGAUAGAGCAGUUCGUGAAGCGUGCGUCGGACCUCGAGGGUUCCUCUCUCGUCGACCUCAUCAUCCAAGCCACCUCCCAUUCCUCACUCUUCGCCUUCUCUGAGAUUUUGGCUGUCCCCAGCGUUGUCGAGCUUCAUGGAACUCAAUAUUCUGUUUACAUUGAUUUGCUCCGUCUCUUUGCUCAUGGUACAUGGAGGGAUUACAAGAGUCAUGCUGGCUUUCUUCCAGAGCUGGUUCCAGAUCAAGUUCUCAAGCUAAAGCAACUUAGUAUCCUUACUCUUGCUGAGAAGAACAAAGUUCUCUCCUACUAUCAACUGAUGCAGGAACUUGAUAUUUCUAAUGUACGUGAACUUGAAGAUUUUCUUAUCAAUGAGUGCAUCAAUGCGGGCAUUGUUAGAGGAAAGUUGAAUCAGUUGCAAAAAUGCUUUGAGGUGCAAUUUGCAGCAGGAAGAGAUCUGAGACCUGGAACACUUGUGAGUCUGAUACAGACUCUUACAAAUUGGUUGUCCACUUCAGACAAAAUGCUGUUGACAAUCAAAGAGAUGAUUGAUCAGGCAGAUAGGAUGAAAGAGUUGGACAAGGAACAUCAAAAGGAAGUUGAAGAAAAGAUAGAAUUAGCAAAGAAAUUCCUCCAGAACAAGGGUUUACAUAAUGUUAGCAGCCUAGGAUCAAGUUGGGGCCAUUGGAGGACAUUGACAUGCUCUAUAUGGAUGAAGUAAUGAGCUCCAGGGAACUUGGAACCCACUCCAAGAGGUAUCACAUAUCAAACACUUUGCAUAUAUCCUGGUCUACCAACUAUGCCCAUUUAUUCACUUUAGCUCAGGACUAUACUAUGUAUUUUCAUUAUAUGGAUAAAGAGAUGACUUGAUUGCAAAAUCAAAUGUUUGUAUUGACUGAAGUAGAUGCUCACACUUGAACCCUAAAGUUAUUUUUUAAAAUACUAUGCAGAGGCCUAACUAGUUGAGCUAGACAAUCACAAUUAUAAGCCAGCUGAAUGGCAGAUCAUCCCAACUUAACCCUAUGAACUUGGGUGAUGAGUAUCAGUGUAAUAUGGAAGAAAGGUGAAACCUGCAGUUUGACUGCUGGUUUCAGGCUCAUUCAUAUCGGUCUAUCUCUAGUUAUCUAUCAAAAAAAAAUAUAUAUUGGUCUAUCUCUAGUUUUGUACCUCACUUGAGCUAAGAGUUGAACAACCUGGUUCAUGCUAUAACAGCUAACUAAAUUACAAAGCAAAACUGGUCCCAUGGUUUGAACUGUUUUGCUUUGAUUCCCUGCCGAGCUUAAGUUUAGGGUUGAACCAACCAGGUGGGCAAAAGUGUACAAACGGGCCAUUUUUACCAUUUGGUCUGGCUUUAACUGCAUGCUUUCCAUGCCCUGUUUUUUCUGUUUGAGUUUAGUCACUCUGAAAAAUGCAGGAAGCGAACAUCAAUAUAGAGACGAGGUGUGGGGGGAUCCUUUUGGUGUGACUUCAUGUUGGUGGCCAGAUUUUUGUUCAUCUCACAUUGGAUUUGGAAAAAUUUUCAUGUUCUGGAUUUGAAGCUCACGUUGUUUCAUUUAGAAUCAUAAAGAAAGAGAACAAAAUCAAGUUGAUGGUGCAGCUCAAAAAUUGUAGGAAGUUGAACACAUUAUCAUGAUCACAUUUGGCCAUUUGAGGUUAUCAUUUAGAAUGGAUGAUAUUGCAGUAUAACUUUCCCUCUCCAAUAAAAGUAUUGCACACAAUUUUCUUGAA